CAGAAACUGAUCAGUAUACUUAUGUUCAUAGCUUCACACUGAUUCAAUAGACAAGAAAUCUGGUCAAAUGCCUGAGUUGCAUAGUGAGAAACAUUUGUUCUGAUGACUAUGUUGUGGAAGAAAUGCGUAGGUUAAAGAUAACAUUGCAGCAAAAUGGUUAUCCGCUGGACUUUAUAAAUAAACACAUGUCGAAACGUGGAGGGAAGAUAAAGAAAGACAAUGUUGCUAAGAUGCCUGUAUAUCUUAGACUAAAUUUCAAAGGUGAUUUCGCUACGGAUAUCUUAACACAUCUUUUAAGUAGAUCAGUGAAAAGGACAUUCAUUGCAGCGAAACUUUUUGUCAGCUUCUCAAUCAAGCCAUUACUGACACAGAGAACCAAGUAUAGGUUACCUAUGAUGGCCACUUCAAUGUGCAUUUAUGAGUUCAACUGCUCCUGUGUAGCUAGUUACAUAGGCUGUACUCAAAGGGCUCUAUCAAUGCACGUUUGUGAACAUGUGCCAUCUUGGUUAGCGAAUAGAAUGACAAAGAUCAGCAACAGUGCAAUCCUCUCACGUCUAGCAGAUACCGGACAUGAGAUUAAGGUAGAUCAUACCUUUCCUGUGAUGUACUGUGUCCCUCGCAAUCUCCCUAAAGGUGCACGACUUCUCAUCUUAUCCAUAGCCGAAGCCAUAGGGAUCAACGCAAGAAAACCGGACCUAUGUGCUCAAAAGAAAUAUGUACAUCCACUUUGUUUACCUUGGCUUACAACAGGAUCGACACGACCUUUAUGAACCUUCCUACCACAAAUUGCACAUGUUAACCUCCCAUCCCCUCCUAUAUUGUCGUUACUUUGAUGAACAUUCAUUUUCGUAUGUCAUUAGUUUUACACCCUUCUAUAUUCAUACCACAACCUGUAGACAUUUCCAACCAUGAUGUAAUACUUCAUAUUUGUCAUUCUCUAUUUCUUUUUUAAAACAAUUAGUUCUCUUGAUAAACUUCGACAAAAC